AUGGCUUACGAUAGGUUUCUGGCCAUCUGUAGACCACUGCAUUACAGCAGUAUUAUGAACAUGCGGUUUUACAUCAUUUUAGGAUUAAUACCAUGGAUGGUUGGUAUUGUUAACUCUUCUAUACAAGUGAGCAUCACCUGGAGACUUCCCUUCUGUGGGACUCAUCAUGUCAACCAUUUGAUUUGUGAAGUACCCCCUUUUUUACGAAUUUCCUGUACAGAUCCUUGGCUGAAUGAGAUAGCCAUGUAUGUUGCAGCCGGGACCAUUAUUUUAUUUUCCUUUCUCUUGACAUUGAUUUCCUAUGUUUAUAUAAUCUCCACCAUUGUAAGAAUCCGUUCCUCACAUGGAAAACAGGCAGUUUUUUCUACAUGUACCUCCCACCUCACUGUUGUCACCCUCUAUUAUGGAACUCUCAUGUCCAUCUAUCUUCAGCCUCCAUCUUCUCACUCUCUGGAAAUAGACAACACUCUAUCUGUUCUCUAUACAGUGGUCACUCCGAUGUUGAAUCCCAUCAUCUACAGUAUAAGAAAUAAGGAAGUUUCUGUAUAUUCCUAUGGAGAACUUUAA